AUGGCAGAAGAAAAGAUCAAGAUUUUUAGCUCAAGUUAAGAUUUUCUAUUUUAGCUGAAAAAUUAUUCUUAAAACAAAAUUGAGUUAGAAUUUGAAUCUGAAUGCACAGAUAAUCUUGAAUUUAUUGAAUAAGCUGGUCAUAGCAUAGGAUAAUUGAAACAUAUUUCUGAAAUGUCAUUAAUGUUUAAAAAGAACACAAAUCUAAAAUAAGAAGGAUGGAGAUUUUUGUUCAAAGGAUUGGAGUAGCUUAAUUAAUUGAAAUGUUUAGAAGUUCAAGUAGGUGAGUAGUGCUUUUUAGAAGAUUAGGGAUUAAAUCUAUUAAUUUAUGCAUAUUCUUCAUUGGUGAAUCUAAAAAAAUUAAGUUUAAUAGUAGAAAAUGCUAAUUUUAUUUCUUCUUCUUGCGUUAAGAAUGUUUUUGAUUAUCUUAAACAUUUUCCUGAGUUAGUUGAAUUGAAGGUGUAAAUUUUAGAGUUUUAAAUUGAUAUUUUAGAGAAUAAAAUGAACAUUUGGUCAGGUAUUUACUCUUUAUAGUAGGUAUAAAGUUUAGAUCUAUCUCUUAAUCUUUCAUAUAAUAAUGAAGAAGAUAUUGAUGAAUUCUUUCUAGCGCUACUUUCUCUCAAAAACUUAACACAAUUAGUUCUAAAUCUAGGUUAUAACUAACAAGAAUUUGACUUUAUUGAAAAAAUGACAUUACAUCUGUCGAAAUAUACUCAGUUAAAAGAACUUAGCCUUGGUUUAAAUGGAAAAUUAAAUGAAUAGCAAGAAGAUUUAUUGAUCUUUACGUUUUUUCAAAAACUGACUAAUUUAGAGAAAAUUGAUUUGAGCAAAUGCUUUGGAAAUUUUCUUCUUUUUAGUUUUCCUGACAGAUAUUAUGAAUCUCUCUCAUAUUUACCUCACUUGAGAGAUUUAAAAAUUGAAUUAAUCCCUUAAUCAAAUUAAAAAAAAGGAUCUGCAAUGAAAAGAGUUAAUUGCCUAUGCAAUAAAUAAAAUCUAAGAAGUUUAUAAUUAUUAAGUUCAUAUACCGAUCUAAAUGAUGAAUAAAGUCUGAUUUUGUAUAAAGCACUAUAGAAUAAUAAAAAAAUGGAAUAUUUAAAUUUAUAAUUAAGAAUAAUACCAAAUGAGCAUUUAAGUGUCCAACUUAUUGAAUCUUUAUGCUGUUUAUAGUAACUAAAAUAGCUGGAAAUACAAUUCGCUAUCAACAGCAGAAGUAUAAAUAGCUUAAAUUAGAUAAUUUCAGCUAUUGGAAACAUUAAAAGUUUAUAAAAUUUAAAGAUGCAUCUAAAUUUUCUAGAUAUUCCCAAUCUAAAUUAAUAAUAACUUGUUUUAUCUAGUUUAAAAAAUAUCAAUUUAAGUAGCUUUGAAUUUCAGUUAGAUGCUGUGAUUUUAGGAAAAGAGUUUCAAGAGUUAGGAAAAAUGCUUUAAAAUUAAAAGCAAUUGCAAAAGUUGAAAAUUAUAAUUAGAUUUAAACAAUACUAAAACUUUUUUUUUUUGGAUAAUCAAUAAUAAAUUUAAUAAUAAAUAUAAAAUCAUUAUUAAAUAGAAUCAAUUGAAGAUUUUAUUGAAGGAAUUAAAAGUCUUUAAAACCUGAAAGAGCUUCAGUAUGGUAUCAACCACUCGACUAAUACUCAAACAUUAGAUCCAAUUUUUGAUUCUCUAUCGUAUUUAAAUAAUUUAGAAGUGUUUAAACUCCUAGAAGAUAAAGAUUAUGAAGAUUCAUAAAUAGUUUUAUUAACAAAAUCUCUUUGUAAUUUAAAAAAACUAAAAUAACUAAAAUUAUAAGAAAUUAAAUCAGUUGAAUAAGAAGUUUUAUUAUGUUAAAUUGAAAAUAUUUCUAAUUUGAAUACUCUUUAAUAGUUAGAUUUCUUUAAUAAAAUUUAAAAUAUAGAUAACAUGAAAAUUGGAGUAACUAAACUCUUUUUAAAUUUAUCUUAGCUUUAGAGUCUUUAAAUGGCUAUUUAAAUCUCUCAAAACAAUGAGCUUUUGUUUGAAGAUAUCAUUACAGGAAUUGGAAAAUUAAAAUAGUUGUAAAAGCUUAAAAUAAAAUUUGGUUAAUAUUAAUUCACUGACACUGGUUCAUAUCAUUUUAGUUAGGCAUGCUAAGGUUUGGAAAAUCUAAUAGAGCUAAUGAUAGAUAAUAUUAUCAUAGAUGAUGACAUGACAUAAAAUGGUAUAAAAUUUUUACAAGAGGGAUUUUCAAAGCUUUAAAAACUAAAAAUCUUUGAUAGUGAUUUUUAUAUCCCAACUGUAGAGUUUUCUUAAAUAUUAAAAGAAUUUUUCACAAAGAAAUCUUUGAACGAAUUGAACAUAAGAGUUGAGACUAAAGAAAAGCUAAACACAAAAGAUGACAUGGAAAUUAACUAAUAAAUAGAUUAAUUAAUUGAAACAAAAUAAAACAUUAAUCACAAUUUAACAAAAAUAUUUUUAGAUUUUGAAUAUUGCUUAAAACAGUAAGCAUUUUAAAUUUAGAAAUUUUAUGAAAACUUGAUUAACUUAUAAAAUCUUAACAAUUUAUCAAUAGUUCAUAAUUGGGAUAUAAGUUAUGACUAAAAUUAAUAAGUUGAUUUUACUUAAAUUUUUAAGAAUUUAGCUUGUGGAUUUUAGCAGUUUAAAAAAUUGUAGAAGUUAAAAAUCUAACUUAAAAACUGUUAUUUUGACUUAGAACAAAUCCCAAUUGACAAUAUGAAAUGCUUGAAUAAUUUGAAGAACUUAGAUUUGGUAUUAAAUUUUUGUUCUUUAUAUUCAGAACAUAAGCUGUUUGAUUCGUUGAAAUUUUUAAAUCAACUUUAAUACCUAAAUAUUUGUAUUGAUAAACAUAGUAAGUUUGGUAAAAACGCAGCAAUUUCACUUGGAAAAAGUUUAAUGCAUUUAAAAAUGGUUUAAAAAUUGAUCCUCAAUUUAAUAGAAGGUUGUUAAAUUGAAUAAGAAGGAGCUGCAGAAAUUGGCACAGGACUAGGCUACUUGAAGAAUCUUACUUUCCUUAACAUUUAUUUUAUGGAAUCUUGUAAAAUAAAUGAGAUUGGAGCAAUAAAAUUAGGAGAAGGGAUAAGUAAACUUUUAGCAUUAAGGGAAUUAUACCUUACAAUUUGCUCAAAUAAUAAUAUUACAAAAAAGGCUGGUGCUUUCUUAGCAUCUUCUUUAAGAAAUAAAAAAUAUUUGAAGAAACUUAAUUUUGUUUUAUUAAAAGAAAACAAUGAGCAAGGCUAAGAGUUUUUAGAUGAAAUAUCUAAAUUUUUUUAUGAAUCAAAACAUCUUAAAUAAAGUUAUUUAAUGGUUAGCUUUGAUGAAUACCCAAAAUAUUGCCCAGAUUAGUUAAAAAAUUUUAUCUCUGAACUCUCUGGAUAAGAUAUUAGUUUGUAAAUAAGUAAUAGAUUACCACAAAUUCAAACAAAAAUGACCAUUUAAAGUGAUGAAGGAUAAAUAAAAUUUAUAUUUAGCUAUGAUGAAAAAUUAACUGAAUAUUAUCCUAAAAUUGAAUUAGAAUUAAUGCAAAAAAUUGAUAAAAGCAAAAAAAUUAUCUUAAAUUUUGAAAUAAGUGAUAACAAUAUUUCUAGCCAUAAGAUUACUAGCGUAAAAGAGUUAAUUUAACAACUUCAAGUGUAAAAUUUAGCAAUUUAUUUAUAAUUUUAUCAGUUUUCAUAAAUUUACUUAGAUGAAAUUAUUUUUCAGGCAUUAAAAAAUAAAGAGCUACUCCAUUUUAAUUUAGCUUUAAGAUAGGAAGGAGUCUAAGAAGUUCAAAAUGAAGUUCUUAUUUAAAUUGGGAAACGUUUUAGCGAAUUAAAUUUAUUAACUCUUGAAUUAAUAUUUAGCGAUUCAACAUAUGAAAAUUUAUUUACAAAUAAAUAUGCGCUUAUUUUUAAAGAAUUAUCUCAUUCUAAAACUCUUCGAGCCAUAUCAAUAAGAAGUCCAUAUUCUAAUAUGAAUAAGCUUAAGCGCAAUAUGAAAUAUAUUCAAAGGCUUGUAACAUUUUCUUAUAUUUGA